AUGCCGUUCUCCAGCGGCCACAACGCGUGGAAGAUGCAGCUGAGCGCGGAGGAGGAGUACCCGGACCUGAGCGGCCACAACAACCACAUGGCCAAGGUGCUGAGCCCGGAGCUGUACGCCAAGCUGCGCCACUGCCGCACCCCCAGUGGCUUCACCGUGGACGACGUCAUCCAGACCGGAGUCGACAACCCGGGGCACCCCUUCAUCAUGACGGUGGGCUGCGUGGCUGGGGACGAGGAGUCCUACGAAGUGUUCAAGGACCUGUUCGACCCCAUAAUCCAGGACCGCCACGGGGGCUACAAACCCUGCGAUGAGCACAAGACCGACCUGAACCCGGAGAACCUGGAGGGCGGCGACGACCUGGAUCCCAACUACGUGCUGAGCUCCCGCGUGCGGACCGGCCGCAGCAUCCGCGGCUUCUGCCUCCCUCCGCACUGCAGCCGGGGAGAGCGCCGCGCCAUCGAGAAGCUCUCCGUCGAAGCGCUGUCCAGUCUGGAGGGAGACCUCACGGGCAAGUACUAUGCCCUGAAGAACAUGACGGAGCAGGAACAGCAGCAGCUGAUCGAUGACCAUUUCCUCUUCGACAAGCCCGUGUCUCCCCUGCUCCUGGCCUCUGGCAUGGCCCGGGACUGGCCCGACGGUAGAGGCAUUUGGCAUAACGACAACAAGACUUUCCUCGUGUGGAUUAAUGAGGAGGACCACCUCCGUGUCAUCUCCAUGCAGAAGGGGGGCAACAUGAAGGAGGUCUUCACCCGCUUCUGCACAGGGCUGACCCAGAUCGAAACCCUCUUCAAGACCAAGAACUACGAGUUCAUGUGGAACCCCCACCUGGGCUACAUCCUGACCUGCCCCUCCAACCUGGGCACGGGGCUGCGGGGGGGCGUGCACAUCAAGCUGCCCCACCUGGGCAAGCACGAGAAGUUUGGCGAGAUCCUCAAGAAGCUCCGGCUGCAGAAGAGGGGCACAGGGGGUGUGGACACGGCGGCGGUCGGGGGCGUGUUUGACAUCUCCAACGCCGACCGGCUGGGCUUCUCCGAGGUGGAGCUGGUGCAGAUGGUGGUAGACGGGGUCAAGCUCCUCAUCGAGAUGGAGAAGCGGCUGGAGAAGGGGCAGCCCAUCGACGACCUCAUGCCGGCCCAGAAGUGAGGCCCUCGGCCCACCCGGCCACCCCCUCCCCACCCCGCUUCCUAAUUUAUUGGGUGAGUCACCACCAUUGCUCCCACUGCUCCUGGGGGCUCCUCAGUCCCCCGCUAGCCACACUGUAGAGAAGUCUUCCAUCCAUGUGUGUAGAGUUUAUUUUUUUGAUGGCUGAAAUGUUGCUCAAAGCUGAAAUAAACUAUUGUUUUGGCCUGAG